AUGCAUCACGCAAAAAUCAAUUUCCAAUUACUCAUUCCUUCCCCCGGGUGUCACCGCCAGGCCAAUGAGCGAAAAGGGACGUUCAAGGUGGAAUACCUGCAGAAGAUCGAGCGGCAAAUGCAGGAACGAUGGGAGCUCCGAAAGGUGUACGCAACGGAACCAGUGACCCAGGCGCGCCAACGGGACGAUGAGAAGUUCCUGGUUACCUUCCCGUACCCGUAUAUGAACGGUCGGCUCCACCUGGGACAUGCGUUUUCCCUGUCGAAAGCCGAAUUCGCUGUGCGCUAUCAUCGGCUGAAGGGCCGUAAGGUGCUGUUCCCGCUUGGGUUCCACUGCACCGGAAUGCCGAUCAAAGCGUGCGCUGACAAGCUGAAGCGUGAAGUUGAACUGUACGGCUGUCCGCCAGUGUUUCCGCGGGACACCGAACCGGUCGCCGAAUCGGCGGAAGAUCGGGACGUGGUGCCGAAGGACAAGAGCAAGGGUAAGAAGAGUAAGGCGACCGCGAAAGCUGGAGCAGCCAAGUUCCAGUGGCAAAUUAUGCAAAGCUUGGGCCUAUCCGAUGAGGAGAUUGCCAAGUUUGCCGACACCGACCAUUGGCUGGAUUACUUUCCACCGUUGGCCAUCCGUGAUCUGAAGGAGUUUGGAGCGCACAUUGACUGGCGCCGGACGUUUAUUACGACCGAUGCGAACCCGUUCUACGAUUCGUUCGUUCGCUGGCAGUUUGAGCAUUUGCGCAAACGCGGCAAGAUCAUGUACGGCAAGCGGCACACGAUCUACUCGCCGAAAGAUGGGCAGCCGUGCAUGGACCAUGACCGGUCAACCGGCGAAGGUGUGGGACCGCAGGAGUACACGCUGAUUAAGAUGCGCGUAACCGGAAAGCUACCGUCGGUGCUGUCUGCAGCGGCCGGUAAGCGUCCCGUAUUUCUCGUGUGUGGCACACUCCGGCCAGAGACGAUGUACGGUCAAACGAACUGCUGGGUGCAUCCCGAGCAUCGGUACAUAGCGUUCGAGACGGUCAAAAAGGAGGUUUGGGUUUGUACGCGCCGUGCCGCGAGGAACAUGUCGUUUCAGGGCUUCACCGAAACGGAAGGCGUUGUGAAGGAGCUAACCGAACUGGUUGGCCAGCAACUGAUCGGUCUACAGCUAUCGGCUCCACUUACCUCCAAUUCCGUCAUCUACACGCUACCAAUGCUGUCGAUCAAGCAAGAUAAGGGAACGGGUAUCGUGACCUCGGUCCCAUCCGAUUCUCCCGACGACUACGCGGCCUUGGUGGAUCUGCAGAAGAAGCAAGCGUUCCGUGAAAAGUACGGCAUCACGGAUGAGAUGGUGCUUCCGUACCAACCGGUGCCGAUCAUCGAGGUGCCCGGUUUGGGUAAUCUGUGUGCCGUGCAUGCGUACGAGAAGUUCAAGAUCCAAAGUCAAAACGAUCGCGAGAAGCUUCUGGAAGCGAAGGAAUUGGUGUACCUGAAGGGAUUCUACGAUGGCGUGAUGCUCGUCGGAGAGCACCGUGGCAAGAAGGUGCAAGAUGUGAAGAAGGAGCUGAAACAGUAUCUGAUCGGACGGAACGAGGCGGAAACGUACUAUGAGCCAGAAAAGACGAUCCUCUCCCGUUCGGGAGACGAGUGUGUCGUUGCGCUGUGUAAUCAGUGGUACCUAUGCUACGGUGAGGAAGGUUGGAAGCAGGAAACCAAGGCCCACCUGCGCACGAUGGUGCUAUACCACGAGGAGGUGGCCCGCAACUUUGAGCACUGUCUCGAGUGGCUGCACGAGUACGCUUGCUCGCGAACGUACGGCCUCGGAACGAAGCUUCCCUGGGACACCCAGUGGCUUAUCGAGUCCCUGUCCGAUUCCACGAUCUACAUGGCGUUCUACACCGUAGCCCAUCUGCUACAGGAUGGCUCAUUCCGGGGGGAAAAGCCUUCGCCUCUCGGCAUCACGGCGAACGAUAUGACGCCCGAGGUUUGGGACUACAUCUUCUUUGCCGACGCAGCGGCCCCUUCCAAGUUGCGCUUCCCGGUUAAGGUGCUGGAUCAACUUCGGCGUGAGUUCAACUACUGGUAUCCGGUCGAUUUGCGCGUUUCAGGCAAGGAUCUCAUACAAAACCACCUGACGUUCUUUCUCUACAACCACACGGCUAUUUGGCCGAAGGAGCCGAAACGGUGGCCACGGGCCGUACGCUGCAACGGCCACUUGCUGCUCAACUCGGCCAAGAUGUCCAAAUCGGACGGCAACUUCCUGACGCUGCACGAAGCGAUCGGAAAGUUCAGCGCGGACGGUACGCGCUUCUGUUUGGCCGAUUCGGGCGAUAGCAUCGAAGAUGCAAACUUUGUCGUGAGCAACGCGGACGCGGGCAUUCUGCGGUUGUACACCUUCAUCGAGUGGGUCCGGGAGACACUCGCAGCGAAACCGAUGCUUCGGAAAGGCCCCAAGGACAGCUCGUUCAACGAUGUGGUGUUUGCCAGUGAAAUGCACCUACUAACGAAGCAGACCGAUGACCACUACGGUAAGAUGCUGUUCAAGGAAGCGCUAAGGACGGGCUUUUACGAGUUUCAAUCGGCGCGCGACAAGUACCGUGAACUGUGCGGAGCCGAGGGCAUGCACGAGGAACUGGUAAUGCAGUUUAUCCAAUGCCAAGCACUGCUGAUCGCUCCAAUCUGUCCGCACGUGGCAGAGUAUAUCUGGUGCGAGCUACUAGGAAACAAGGGCUCCAUCUUGCAAGCCAAAUGGCCCUCGGUGGGACGAAUCGAUGAGCGAAGCAUCAAAUGCAGUGCUUACUUGAUGGAAGCGGCACAUUCGUUCCGUUUGGCGUUGAAGAACGCCACCCAGCAGAAGAGUGGUGGUGGUGGUAUUGGCGGCAAAGGAGGCAAGGCACCCUCCGUGAUGGCCACCGGGCCAGUAAAACCAAGCGAGGCCACCGUGUGGAUAGCGAAGACGUUCCCACCGUGGCAAUCGUGCGUACUCGAUACGAUGCGUGCGUUGUACGAUCGGAGUGGCGCUCUGCCGGACAAUAAGACCAUUGCGACGGAAUUGGGACGGCAGGAAGCGUUGAAGAAGUACACUAAGCGCGUGAUGCCGUUCGCGCAGAUGGUGCGGGAGCGGGUCGAGGCCGUUGGGGGACCAGGCAAGCAGGCGAUGGACGUGACGCUCGAUAUCAACGAGCGCGACGUGCUCUCAGCGAACGCCGAGUAUCUACGGAACACACUCGAGCUGGAAACGAUCACAUUUCGCUUCACGGACGAACCGGACACACCGGAAAAGAUGCGCGAAGAAGUCCGCCCAGGGGUGCCGUUCGUCAUGUUUACGGUGAAACCGUUCGUAACCGUGACGCUCGAGAAUCCGAUCGAACGGUCGGGACUGUUCACGGUGACACUCAAUCUGUCCGAUGGCGACACAACUCAAACGCUGAAGGAGAAACUGGCAAAGCAGAUUGGUUUUAAGGCGGAUCUUUCGGCCCUGGAAAUCCUUCGCUACGAAGACCCGGUACUCGGGCCACGGCUGCUGCCAGCGUUCCAAGAUUAUCGCAGUGGCAAGACCACAAUUGAAAACGGCACCUUCAGCGUGCUGCCGGAGAAAAAGCAUGUCUUGCUUAGCAACGGAUCGCCAGAUGUUGUAAACACCGGCACAAGCUUCAUCUACGUCAUGAACUAAUAAGGGACUACCGGAACGGAAUGGCUGUUGAAUUAAUGUUUGAAUUUGUUUCGAAACGAAAUAC